UGUGAGCUCUGCGCAGUGAGAACUGUAGCUAGGUUGUCCGCCAUUGCUGAUUGUGGAGAUCUACGUUUAUAGAAACAUUGCCGUUUGGUUGUCAACAACCAACUACGGACUAGUGAGGGUCGAGUGGAAGCUCCACAAGUAUACUUCCCUGUACCUAACCAGAUAAUAUUUUCAUGAAAAUACAGACGAGGUAACCAUGUCCAAUCUCAGCAAAGGCGGCACAAAAAAGGACACCAAGAUGAGGAUACGAGCUUUUCCUAUGACGAUGGACGAGAAGUAUGUCAACAACAUCUGGGACCUUCUGAAGAAUGCCAUCCAGGAGAUCCAGAGGAAGAACAACAGCGGGCUGAGCUUCGAGGAGCUCUACAGGAACGCCUACACCAUGGUGCUGCACAAACACGGCGAGAAGCUCUACACAGGCCUCCGGGAGGUGGUCACCGAGCACCUCAUCAAUAAAGUACGGGAAGAUGUCCUCAACUCACUAAACAACAACUUCCUCCAAACACUAAACCAAGCCUGGAACGACCACCAGACAGCCAUGGUCAUGAUCAGAGACAUCCUCAUGUACAUGUGUCAUCUCGUAACCCUCCCUUGGACUGGUAAUGCAUUGCUUCCUGGCUGCAGGUCUCAAACGCGCUCCGGGGACCGGGUGUACGUGCAGCAGAACAAUGUGGAGAACGUCUAUAACCUGGGCCUGAUCAUCUUCAGAGACCAGGUGGUGCGCUACGGCUGCAUCCGAGACCACCUCCGACAGACCCUCCUGGACAUGAUCGCACGAGAGAGGAAGGGCGAAGUGGUGGACAGGGGGGCGAUCAGAAAUGCCUGCCAGAUGUUAAUGAUCUUAGGCCUCGAAGGGAGGUCGGUUUACGAAGAGGACUUUGAGGCCCCGUUUUUAGAAAUGUCUGCAGAGUUCUUCCAGAUGGAAAGUCAAAAGUUUUUGGCGGAGAACAGCGCAAGCGUGUACAUAAAGAAAGUGGAGGCGCGGAUAAACGAGGAGAUCGAGCGCGUGCUGCACUGCCUAGACAAGACGACAGAAGAGCCCAUUGUGAAGGUGGUGGAGCGGGAGCUCAUCUCCAAGCACAUGAAGACCAUCGUGGAAAUGGAGAACUCGGGCCUCGUCCACAUGCUCAAGAACGGAAAGACAGAGGACCUGGCGUGUAUGUAUAAGCUCUUUAGCAGAGUGCCAAACGGACUGAAGACCAUGUGUGAGUGCAUGAGCUCCUACCUCCGCGAGCAGGGCAAGGCGCUGGUGUCAGAGGAGGGCGAGGGCAAAAACCCUGUGGAUUACAUCCAGGGUCUGUUGGAUCUGAAGUCUCGUUUCGACCGCUUCCUUCUAGAGUCGUUCAACAACGACCGGCUCUUCAAGCAGACCAUCGCAGGGGACUUUGAAUACUUCCUCAACCUCAACUCGCGCUCCCCCGAGUACCUCUCCUUGUUCAUCGACGACAAGCUGAAGAAAGGCGUAAAAGGAUUGACGGAGCAGGAGGUGGAGUCGAUCCUGGACAAGGCCAUGGUGCUCUUCAGGUUCAUGCAGGAGAAGGAUGUGUUUGAGAGGUACUACAAACAGCACCUGGCCAGGAGGCUGCUCACCAACAAGAGCGUCUCGGACGACUCUGAGAAGAACAUGAUCUCUAAACUCAAGACGGAGUGUGGUUGCCAGUUCACCUCCAAACUAGAAGGCAUGUUCCGAGACAUGAGCAUCUCAAACACAACCAUGGACGAGUUCCGCCAACAUCUACAGUCAACGGCGGUGUCGUUGGGUGGAGUCGAUCUCACAGUGAGGGUUUUGACGACAGGUUACUGGCCAACGCAGUCCGCCACGCCCAAAUGUAAUAUCCCCCCUUCUCCUCGACAUGCAUUUGAAGUCUUUAGAAGAUUUUAUCUGGCAAAACACAGCGGCAGGCAGCUUACAUUGCAGCAUCACAUGGGCUCUGCAGACCUCAAUGCCACCUUCUACGGGCCAAUCAAAAAGGAGGACGGCUUGGAGGUGGGGGUGGGCGGUGCCCAAGUAACAGGCUCCAACACCAGGAAGCACAUACUGCAGGUGUCCACCUUCCAGAUGACAAUACUCAUGAUCUUCAACAACCGGGAGAAGUCCAUGUUUGAGGAGAUCCAGCAGGAGACAGACAUCCCAGAGAGGGAGCUAGUGCGAGCGCUGCAGUCGCUGGCCUGCGGGAAGCCCACCCAGCGGGUCCUCACCAAGGAGCCCAAGUCCAAGGAGAUCGAGAACGGUCAUGUGUUCACCGUCAACGACCAGUUCACCUCCAAGCUGCACCGCGUCAAGAUCCAGACAGUCGCCGCUAAGCAAGGAGAGACUGACCCGGAGAGGAAGGAGACGCGGCAGAAAGUGGACGAUGAUAGGAAGCACGAGAUCGAGGCGGCCAUCGUCCGCAUCAUGAAGUCUAGAAAGAAGAUGCAGCAUAACGUGUUGGUAGCAGAGGUCACCCAGCAAUUGCGAUCGCGAUUCCUCCCCAGUCCUGUAGUCAUCAAGAAGCGCAUUGAAGGACUCAUUGAGCGGGAAUAUUUGGCACGGACACCGGAGGAUCGCAAAGUGUACACUUAUGUAGCAUAAGGGCGUGAAUUCAAUCAAACUUGACACAAAAAUAAACAAUACUUUUUUUUUGGGGGGGGGGGGUCUUGUGUUAUGUGUAUGAACUUGGAAGUUUGUCUGAUACUGGGAAGCUUACCUUUCUUUCAUUGGAAAAAAAAGACAAGGUUUUUAAAAUAUAUUUUAGCUAAAUGGAGGGAUUGGAUAUAGUUUUGUUACAGUUUCAUGUUCCUUAUGUGGCCUUGGGGAGAAUUUGGGCGGAGAGUGGGAAAUGCAUCAAAUGUACUGCAUUUAUAAACAAAGGAAAAGUACUGCCCAAUAAACAAAGGAAAAGAAAACUAGCAUAAACAAAACAUAUACCAAGCGACUGUGGGUUGGCUACACAAAGACCAAGAAAAUAUUUGACAUUUCUCCCGUUUUAAAUGUUGAUGUAAAUGUGUUUGUGUUUUUUCGUGGCACCAUGCGGGUUGUACAUGUUGUCAGACACUAUUGGCCUUUUUUUCCCCUCUAGGACUUUAAUCAAAGAGAAGAGGACAUGGAUGUUGUUGCUGGUUUGCAGAGAACAGGAGCAGUUGCUUGAUAGCAUGCUUUAUCUUAUGGAGUGCUCUAUACAAGGUGUAUGUUUUUUUCUUUUUCAAUGGGGCCUAUUGUAAAAUUGGAUCGUCAGCCCAGAAAUAUUUCUCUCCUUGGAAUUGUAGGUUCUUCCCAAUGCAGAUCACAAAGGGAAGUUCAUUUUUUUCUUAUUGCAUUUCAAUUGGAACCAAUUUAUCACCAUGUUUUAAUGUGUAUAAAUUGUAAAUAAUUAUACUCACUAAAGUGGACUGUACAGGGCCUAGUUUUCAUCAUAUUAAGUGUAGAAAAAUAAAUUGUACAACGAAGGGAA